AUGUCUCUCUUUGAACUUACGCAUGAGCGAAGCAUGAAAGCGUCGGCGUUCUUUGAGUUUGUCUGUGUGAAUAGCAUAGUCGAGGCCAAAAGUCCAAUCAUCAUCAACCAAUUCUGUGCAUCAUAA